AUGACGUCUCAUUCAGAUUUUUGUAAAUCUCUGCCAGACUGGUUGAACGUGCUCCGUCUUGAGCAGUACGAGGAGACUUUUCUCAGUGCCGGGCUGACAACGCUGCUGGAAUGUCGCACCUUGACACAGGAGAGACUGGAGCAGAUGGGCAUCAACCUUCCAGGACACCAGCGCCGCAUUCUCUCCAGCCUCAGUAAAACUCUUGUACCCUGUGACACGACAGCUUCACUACCACAAGACCCACAUUCUACGUUUAUGGAGGAGAAAAGUGAACACGAGGAUGCAAUGAUGGACAAACUGGUGCCCAAGCAGAGGCAAGUUCUGGGGAAAAAGGCAGUUUUGACCGAAGAUGGGGAAAAAGUAUUGACCGAAGAUGUCAAAAAGGUGCGCCCAGUGCCCAAACAGAGGAGUAAGUAUCGUGCGGCAGAUCCAGUUUCUACAGAUUUAACUCUAAACAAAGUUGCAUUACCCCCUGUCCCGCCUCGCAGUACCCCCAACUGCCCCCCGCAUCCCUUCACCUCCUCUAAAACCCCGCCUCCGAUCUCCCCUCGCCAACACAAGCAGCAAGCGAUGCCCGUAGUGCCCAGAAGGUCUACAAGGUCAUCCAAAAGCCCCACCCACACUUUGGACCAACCACCCACAGCCCCUCUGUGCCAAGCUAGGCCCCUGAGUCUGCCAUCCCAGCUGCUGAACUACACCAUCUCAAAUGGGGACAGAAAAAGGAUAUCGUCUACUGUGUCACCCAUCUCCCCACCCACAGAAGACACAAUGGCACCCCCUCUGCCCCCCAAAUGUGGAACAGGACCAAAGGGGCAGCCUCCACAGCCACAGAGAGCCACUGCAUCUCGUAAAGUUCAGAGUUUGCCAAUCGCAAUCAAAUCUCCUGACGGCACGGAAAACGACCCAACGCCACAGGUUCUCCCACGAAUCAAGACGUCGCACAGUCAAGAAAACAUACAACAGCUAACUCUACCAACGCUACCAAGUCAACCAAGUCAGCUUGAGGAGACGCCUGCCCCAUCGCCAAGGAGCCUUGCACCGCCACCUCCAAGGGAAAGCAGAUUAGAUUCUGUUGACGACGACUCAGAUGCAUAUGAAGACCCAGAUCAGCUGUACACUGGUGCCCAACAGAACAGACCUCUGCAAAUGGCAAAGCCACAGCGCUACAGUGCUCUGUGCAGUGAUGACGAGCAGCUGGACGACGACGAUUCCUCAUUGUGGUCCAGCAACAGUCCACAAGGCAGUAUCUACCUUUCCCCAAACAGAGAAGAGAGAAGAAGAGGCUCCUCUUGGGACGACAGCACUCAGGAAACAGCCAUUCUUAAGAGCGGCUGGCUGGACAAGAAUCCACCACAAGGAGUACUUUAUUACCAGAGACGAUGGGUAAAGCUCGAUGCGGAUUACCUGAGAUACUUUGACAAUGAAAAGGCUGUAUAUUCUAAAGGGUUCAUUUCAACAGCAUUCAUCACCAAUGUGUCGAGUGUGGGAGAGCUGAAGUUUGAAGUGGUGACAAACAAUAGAACGUUUAUCUUCAGGGCCGAAAGCGAAGCUGAGAGAGAUGAGUGGGUGGCCAUGUUGAAAGCCUGCACUGGAGGGCCCCAGUACCGCAACACUAUUAGCCCCGGUUCUCCCUUGGCUCCAGACUUCUAUGGCUAUUUGGUGCUAAGAGGAAUACGUUCCAGACUUUACACUGCGGUGGCGAUGGAUAAGGUCUUUCUGUACAAGAAUAUGGAUGACUACCGCAUCGGUGUGGGCAUCACCUCCAUUGACAUGAAUGUUGGCAACGUAAAAGAAACCGAUCAGCGCACAUUUGACCUCACUACUCCUUAUCGUACUUUCAGCUUCAUUGCGGAGUCGGAGCAGCUGAAGGACCAGUGGGUGGAGGCCAUGCAUAAUUCUAUAGAUGAAGCUUUGUCCAACAGUGAGGUGGCAGAGCGGAUCUGGGAAGAGGCCUCGAACAGCCUCUGUGCGGACUGUGGAGCCCCCAAACCUGUGUGGGCAGCUAUCAAUCUGUGUGUGGUGGUCUGUCAACACUGUGCAGGAGAGCACCGUCGAUUGGGUCCAAGUAUUUCUAAAGUGCGAAGUCUGAAGAUGGACAGGAAGGUGUGGACAGAAGAACUAAUUCAGGUUUUUCUUUUAAUGGGCAAUGAUCGGGUCAACAGUUUCUGGGCAGCGAAUGUUCCUCCAAGUGAAGCUUUGAGACAGUCCAGCUGCCCCGAAGCUCGGCGACAGUACAUCACCAACAAAUAUCGGCAGGGAAAAUACAGAAAGUACCACCAGCUGUUUGGAAACCAGAAAGAGCUGAACAAUGCGCUGUGUAUAAACGUGCAGGGGAGUGAUGUAUUGGAAACGUUGCGGCUGAUCUUCUGUGGGGCAGAUGUCAACUGUUCGACUGGAAUGCCCGAAAGUCCUUCUCCUCUGACGCUGGCUCAAGCAUCUUCUCAGCCUCUUCAAGCAGAGUUACUGAGCCACAAUCUUAACACAGAGUUGCCCCAAUCUGAAGUGGGAGACAUCACAGACACGAUGCCGUACUCUGCCCCUUCCAGCGUCUGCCUAAAUGGAUUUCUGUUUAAGACCGCUUCAAUGAAAGGGGCAAUAACAGAUCGCAAAGCAAAAGAAGGUUUGUUCCAAAAAAUUAAACACUGA